UCCAAAUUCCUUCUUUCUCUAAUACCACAAUCCGGAUAAUUACUUGACCCGAAACUCUUUCGCCCCGCAAAAACCACAAUAUUGAAGAAUAGUCCGGCUGCAGAAGGAUCACGAAUCUUAGAACAACUGAUUACAGCUAAGAAGACGGUGAAAUCGCUGAUAAAAAUGGAGACUUUGCAGAAAUUUUGCUUAUUUUGUGUUUAAACAGUAUUCGGAGCUUGGAAAUAAGGGUUAACACAAUUUGAAGAGACUCAAGAUAUUAUAUUGGUGUUUUCACCACUUUUUCAUCAGCUGAAUUGAAUUCAAUUUUCACUAUGGUUGCUACUGCUGCAACUUCUGCGUUUUUCGCUGUUGCUUCUUCUCCACCAGAUUCUGGUGGUGCCAAAACUUCGGGCAAAAUUGGAGGAGUUCCUACAAAUGUAACUGUUAAUGGAAUCAAAUCGAAAUCUAUUACCAAGUCUGGGUUGCAGGUUAAGGCGAAUGCCCAAAUUCCUCACAAGGUAAAUGGUAGUAAAGUUGGUGUUUUGGAAGGGCUCAAGUGUGAGGAUGAAACUCUAUCGUCACAUCCAAGAACAUUCAUCAAUCAAUUGCCAGACUGGAGCAUGCUUCUAGCUGCCAUUACAACGAUCUUCUUGGCUGCUGAGAAGCAGUGGAUGAUGCUUGACUGGAAGCCAAGACGUUCUGAUAUGCUUAUUGAUCCGUUUGGCUUGGGAAGAAUUGUUCAGGAUGGUCUUGUGUUCCGUCAAAAUUUCUCUAUCAGAUCAUAUGAAAUAGGGGCUGAUCGAACAGCUUCUAUAGAGACACUAAUGAAUCAUUUGCAGGAAACAGCCCUUAACCAUGUGAAGACUGCUGGACUUCUUGGUGAUGGGUUUGGUUCAACUCCAGAGAUGUGCAAAAGGAACUUAAUUUGGGUGGUUACGAAAAUGCAGGUUUUGGUAGAUCAAUACCCUACUUGGGGUGAUGUUGUGGAAGUAGACACAUGGGUGGCUCAAUGUGGUAAAAAUGGCAUGCGGCGAGAUUGGCUUAUUCGCAAUUUCAAUACAGGAGAGAUUUUAACAAGAGCUUCCAGUUCAUGGGUUAUGAUGAAUAAAGAGACUCGUAGACUGUCCAAACUUCCAGAUGAAGUGAGAGACGAAAUCAAGCCUUAUUUUGUUGAUUCUCCUCCUGUUAUAGACGACAACAGAAAACUACCUAAGCUUGAUGAAACCUCUGUAGAUUAUGUUCUAUCAGGUUUAACUCCUAAAUGGAGUGAUCUAGAUGUCAAUCAGCACGUUAACAAUGUCAAGUACAUUGGUUGGAUUCUUGAGGGUGCUCCGGCUGCCAUUCUGGAGAGCCAUGAGCUGUAUGGGGUGACAAUUGAGUACAGGAGGGAAUGUGGAAGGGACAGUGUCUUGCAGUCCCUAACCGAUGUGGUUAAGGGCAUCGGUGUGGGAGGUUUACUGGAUUCUGGCUUUAUCGAGUGCAAACAUGCUCUUCGUCUCGAGGAUAAUGGUGCAGAGAUUCUCAAGGCACGAACUGAGUGGAGGCCUAAAUUCACCAAAAUCAUCAAUCAUCUCCCAAAUGGACCUGCUGUCUAAUGACGACCACUACUCUUUCUAUUUCGUGAAUUGCUCGUGUAAAAUUCCUUCUGGAGUUUAUCUCUCGGAAAAAAGAAAAAAAAAUGUUCUGGAGUUUAUCUCUCGGAAAAGAAAAAAAAAGUUCUGGAGUUUAUCGGUCUUGAGUAUAUAUAUCAUAUCAUCAAUAUUACUCUUAUAAUUGUAAGAGUGCUAGUUUUUAUUAUUUAUUAAAAAUGUUAGCUGUUUUCAA